AUGGCUGCUUGGAUCUUUGUCUUGGCAAGCUUAUCGCCAGCUUAUGCCUACUGCAGUGGAAGUGGAUGCACUGCAGGUGUGGGUCUGCUGCAGAAAUCCCCGCGCCAGCAGAUUCUCAUGGUGCAGAGCCCGCUCUACGACUGGUCUCCGGUCGAUGGCGGCUUGGGACGUGCGUGCCGUGGAGCAUCAGCGCAGGAUAAUCAAGCCAGCUACUACACGGUGGUGUCAGGCAUCCUAUCCAUCGAUGCCUGCAAAGCGGAGUGCAUGAAGCAUGUCAACUGUCAAGGCGUGGAGUUCAGUGGCUCACGCUGUGAGGUCUGGACGCGGCCUGGAGGUAUUGAGGCGAGCAUUGCUUUGGGCAACUUUGAGUGUUGGAGCUACAAGCCUUCCCUCUUUCUGCCGGUGGAUGGGGGUGUGGAUCGUCAAUGCCAAGGUGACGCAGGGAGCGAGGUGUUCCAAGAAAUGACCUUGGAUGGCUGCAAACAUCGGUGCUUGAGCCUGCCAGCUUGCAAAGGCUUGGACUUCUCGACGAGCGGCUGCAAGAUCAUGACGAGCAGUGUGGCUGUGGCCUCUUCAUCGCCGCAAGUCGGCGCUACGUGCCUUCGCUUGGAAUUCUUCCUGGCUGAUCCAGCGGUUCAGGAGAGCGCCUGCCGAGGGGAGAGCCUGGGUGACAACAGUGGUGACUACUACACAGUGAUGGAGAAUGUUGGGUCCAUGGACGAGUGCAAGCAGAGCUGCAGAGAAGAGGCCGCAUGCCAAGGAAUCGAGUAUGCCACGGGUCGCUGCGAGGUCUGGACGAAGCCGGGAGGCAUCAACUAUGUGAAGCCCCUGGACCGGACGACCUGUUUGAAAUACUCCGCCGCUCUGACGACCACGACCACGACCACCGGGACCAGUGCCGCCACGACCACGACCAUGACCUCUGUGACCACAGUGGCAACGAUGGAGACGACCACCACGAAGAAAUGCCGUGAGGCGUACCAGCAAUGUGGUGGCAAUGGAUACACCGGUGAGACGUGCUGCAUCUAUGGCUGGGAAUGUGUUUUCUUGAACGACUUUUAUUCUCAGUGCAAUGUGUCAAGUCAACCCACCACUACCCUACCCUUGGAUUGUGAUGCGCCGGGCACAGAAUUCGCCCAGCUCUACCGGCAGUGUGGCGGGCGAAACUGGAAGGGCCCCAGAUGUUGUGAAGCUGGAAGCAUUUGUGUCUUCGACGACGACUACUACUCAGGCUGCAAGCCUGAUACCAGCACAACCACAAGCUCAACAGGAAGCACAACAAGCACAACCACUGCUGCAACCACAACAACGACAGUUGCAACCACGACAGCUGCAACAACGACCACGCCUUCAACCACAACCACAGCUCCCACAACGACCACGGGGACCACAACGACUGGUGCGACCACCACAACUGCCACGACCACGACGACCACGCCCGUCGAAACAACGACUGUCUCCGGGGGAUCCAGCACAAGCACAACUUCAAGCUCGGCAACUACGACUGACACCACUACAACCGUUCAAUGCAAGAAACGUUAUGAGAAGUGUGGUGGCAAAGGCUAUACGGGCGCCACAUGUUGCGAAGAUGGUUGGUGGUGCAUCUAUGGUGGACCUUACUACUCCCAGUGCAAAACUACGACGACCACCACUUCAUUUACCUCAGCUUCUCCCGAGUUGCAGGCAGAUUCACAAUUUCUGAUUCAGGCCACUUUUGGACCAACGCGCGCCAGUCUCCUAGAGCUUGGAUCGACUAGCCCUGAAGAUUGGAUCCAGCAGCAGUUUGACCUGGAGCCCAGCUUCCACCGCGCCUUCUACCGCGAGCGCGCCACCGGAGGUUCCGGCUCCGGGAGUGGAGCCCACACGUUGGUGGCGAACACGGUCGAGGCUCCGGCCAGCGCUGAGACGUGGCGUGGGGGCGAGUGCCCUUCUGUGCCCAGGACCUUCCUGAAUGAAGCUGGGUGUCAGCUGCUGCUGGGCUGUGCACCAUUGCAACUGGAGAGUGUCCAAAUUGAGCUGAACGUGAGCGUCCUCCAAACGUUCUACGAAGUGGAAGGCCGCUAUGUCUAUGCUGUGACAGAUCUCACUCCCACGAGUUUGCCAUGUGGAGAGCCCUCUCGUUGGAAGUUACUGGACUGUUCUGGCGGUUGCAGCGGUUCCGCAAUGGAUGCCGCGGAUGCUUUGUCGAUCAGCACUGCUCUACAGGCUGGCCAAGGUGUUGUGAGGGACAUUGCAAUCAGUUGUGUCUCCUCCGUGCCCAGUGGCGUUGUGGUGCAGGUGGGGUCGGAGUUCUUCCAGCACGUUCACUCCAGCGAGCAAAACGUCUAUGAUUUUUCGGAAUGGGUGAGAGAACAUCCAGGUGGAGCAGACAAGAUCCGGAAGUGGACGUCCAGUGGCUACGUCUUGCGCUAUCCCGCUUCUCACCCCAUUGGUCGCUUUGAGUCUGCGCUGGCCAAAGAGUAUCUUUGGCCAAAUCUGGUGGGUAUCUUUGGCAAGACCAUGGAUAUUAGGAGCCUCCCUCAACCGCUGCAAACCGUGCGCGUGGGCGCCGCCUUUGGCGCCCUGGGCACGCGGCCGUCGAACUUCGCGGAGGUCUGUGGAUCUCCGGGUGAGGUCGCCGAGCGCCUCGGGCAUUUCUACCCCUUCCACACGAAGGAUGCUCCGCUGAACUUGACCUUCGAUGUGAACUAUGACUCGGUCUAUGACGUGCCGAUGCUGAGCCGGGCAUCCAUCUGGACGAUGCAAGCUCUCAAGGCACCCGAUCAGCUGCGGCAGCGCAUGGCCUGGGCCUUGUCACAGAUCUUCGUUGUGGCGCCGGAUGAUGCAAGCGGGAACUACACAGAGAUGUACGUGAACUACUACGACAUCUUUGUUCGUCACGCUUUUGGGAACUUCCGGGACAUUCUGCGAGAGGUGACCUACAGCCCUGUAAUGGGUGACUACCUGACCUACAAGCGUAACAGGGCCUUCGACAGCGACGGGGUCUACCCCGACGAGAACUACGCGCGUGAAAUCCAGCAAUUGUUUACCAUCGGCUUGUGGAAGCUCAACUCGGAUGGCUCGAGAAUUCUGGAAGAUGGAGAGCCUGUGCCGACUUACAGCAACAGGGACAUCAUGAACUUCGCGCGUGUCUUCACGGGCUUUGACGAGCAAGCGGAGCGGGGAAACAUCGAGCAUGUGGAAGGCAAGAGCAACAUGAUCGAUCCAAUGCAGAUGAGAGCAGAAUGGCACGAUGUCUAUCCCAAGCCCAAGCUGGAUGGCGGAUACCUGGGGGAUGGAUAUCCCCUCUGCAGCGAGCAAUUGAACUCCAACUUCUUGCAAGAAGGCGCCAAGUAUCGGUUCUUGGGCUAUGAGCAUUCGGGCCAAGCACUUGUCCUGGCCGCGGCCUCGCCGCUGUAUCAGAAGCUCUGUGGAGGUGCCGAGGUCUGCAACCAUCGGCUUCAGACGGAACUCAUGGAGACUCUGCCCUGCUUCGAAAACGAGUGCUCGGCCAGCGACGUGACCACGAUCCUGGUGCGUGACGGCUUUUAUGAAUUCCAAAGACCCGCCUGUGUGGAGCUCUUCUUCCGCAGCGGAGAGGUGAUCCUGUAUCCCAAUGGCGAGAUCAGCUCCAAUCGGAACAGCCAGACGGCGCAGAACCCGUUUUUAGGACACUGGCUUUCUGGAGCUCCGCCGGAAAGUGGAUCCUGCCCCAGUGGGUGCAGCCCAAGUGAUGGCGGGUGUCUCUGCCCUUUGACCCUGGAUCAACAGGCCGGUGUCCACGUGCUGCACGCCGGCGGGGCCACGUUGCAGAACCCUCACGUCUUCAUGGACGCCGCCGCGCCGACCGCGCGCGAUGCCCUCUUCGAGGUGGAAGCCUUGUUGGAUCACCUUUUGGAGCAUCCGAACGUCCCCAGCUUCGUGGCUCUUCGCCUCAUCCAGCGCUUCGUGACCUCGAACCCCUCCAAGAGCUAUGUGACCCACGUGGCCGAUGCGUUUCGGAGCGGUGCCUAUCAGGGCGUGCAAUACGGCCGCUAUGGGGACUUGAAGGCCACCAUCUUGGCGCUGCUGCUGGAUCCAGAGGCCCGGAGCCUCGUGGGCCCCAAUCAGGGAGCCCUUCGGGAGCCCUAUUUGAAGCUGAUCCACUUGAUGCGCUCCAUGGAGUACGAUGAGGGUCGGCCCAUCUUCAUCCGCAACUUGAUCGACGCCAUCGGCGAGUUCCCCUAUGCAUCUCCUACCGUCUUCAACUUCUACCUGCCUGAGUUUGAGCCCGAAGACUUUCCAGAAGGCCUGGUGGCACCUGAGUUUCAGAUCUUUACUCCACCGAAUGCUUUGGCCUACGCCAACGGCUUGGUGUCCCUCAUUGACCACGGACUGGCGGAGUGUGACCAAGGCUUUGGCGUGCCCAACAGCGAGUGCUCUUCUGGAGGAUCCUUUGCGUUCCAGGAGGUCGCGCCCAAUGACAUGGCGACCUCGCUUCCGGAACUGGAUUUGUUGCUGACUGGUGGGCGGCUGGAGAACAAGGGUGCGGUCCAGGCAGCCUACCAGCGCGAUGGUUGGAAGGAUGCGCAGAAAGCCAUGGUCUUGACGCCGGAGUUCAACACGAUGGGCCAUCCUAUGUCAGGUGGUGUGCGGCCUCCGUCGCCGCCCCCCCUCCCAGUCCGGCGGGGGGAGUGA